AUGACGACUCCCACUCCAAAUGAUCCAAGCUUCUCUCGGGCUCCAUCUCUGGAGCUUCCCGCACGUCUCAAUAUUGUUUUGCAACCCCCGAAUCCUAUCAUUCGUCAAGCCCUUGCUGACACGGCGCCCCCAAAUGCGAACAUACCCGAAAAUGUGAAGAAUUGGGUAGUCGAUCUCGUCACAAACGUGGUGGAAGAGAUGCGUCAACAAACAGUGGCGCAUUACGAAAAUCUUAUCCAGCACCAAGCACAUACAAUGAAACGUAAUACCACGGAGUUUCACAAUCGGACGGUCUUCUUAAACCAACAUCGUCAACAAUCUGAGUCUCGAAUCACAGAUUUGGAGAAAACCUCUUCAGCCUUACUUGAGGAAAACAAGACCACUAACGAAGCGUUUGUGGCAUUUGACGAUGAAGUCAAGGAUCUCCAAACGAGAGUAGAAGACCUAAAGAAAUCACAUGAUCGACUUUGCGCAUGGGCAUCUACGCAGGGAAGGAAGGCAGGGCAAGGUGGUAACAAUGUCGACAACACGGAUGACAACGAUGAGCCGUCGUUUGGUCGCAAGGGAACUUGGGCGGAGUUCGUUGCUGAACUUCGCACGGCAUAUGAAUCAUUGGACACGGACGACAAGAAGCGAACGGAGUUAGAAGCCUUCGUCAAGAAGGAUCAUCGAGACUUCCGAAAGUUUGCAGAAGACUUCCGUCCAAAGGCAACCGGUACAGGCUUCUUGGAUCAAGACUUGAUCGAAAAGAUCAAGAAACAUAUUCCAGAAAAAACGUGGCUGCUCAUGCUGGCGGACACCACUAAGGACAACUGGCCCAAGAAGUGGACCGAGUUCCUUACAUUCGCACUCCGGAUAUUCACAUCACUACAACGAGAAGGCCACCAUGCCAAGGCCGAAACCAAGGACCCGAAUGCUAUGGAGGUUGAUGCAGUUAGGAAGAAGGGGAAAAGUAAAUCGGGCAAAGCACGGAGCGUACAAGAUGACAAGUUGGUUUGCGCCAACUGCAAGAAGAACAAACCAACGUUCUUCAAAUCGUCAAAACGCUUCAGCAAGUAUUGCACCGAUUGUUUCAAAUUGGACCAUGUCAAGAGGCAGAUUGAGAAGGAGAAAGAGACAGCUGCGAAGAAGAAGGACGCAAAGAAGAAGGACGACACCAGGAACAAAUCCAAGUCGUCCAAGACGCGACAGGUGGUGUCUGAUUCCGCUUCAUCAGACGCAGAGAGCGAAAGCUCUGACACCGAAGAAGAGAAGAAGCCAAAGAAGAAGAGCUCUUCCUCUAAGACUAAGGGGAAGGGUAAGGAGACAGCUGCACAUAUCAGCGACCGCAGCAUCCACUCAGAAAGUGAGCCUGAUGCAUCCGAGUCGGACGAAGAUUUUGCCGCGAUCCUCUCAAGGCUCAGGCGCCUGAGGGUGAAUGGAUCCAGUUCAUCAAGGAAGGCGGGAGAGGGCUCUUCAAGGAGGGAUCGGAAGGGUUUUCUCAAAGGGGAUCUGUAG